AUGGACGGCCACACUAGCCCCAGGCCACCCUCUGGCCUCACAUCUCCCAGUCUUCGAUCCCGCGCGCAUAGUAUUUCGAGCGAUCGACCGUCUACUGCCAACAUCCAUAGCCUCGCUACACCACCAGCCACGGUAUCCCCGGAACCCGCCUUCAUCGCCGCUUCUGCAGCUGCUCAAAUAGUCACGAAUGAUCACGACAGUCACGCAGACGCUUGGUAUGACCAAAAUGGUAUCGAGCCCUCUGAUUCGCCCGUCUAUGUUUCGGACGGAGCUCUGGAACUGGUAAAUGGUUUCCUAGACCAGCUCCUUUUCAACUUUUUGCAAGUUUCCAGAUCAACAAACCUGUCUACACUCCGCCCAGCUGUUACAGAAAUUCUGAAGCCCAAACUCGCCCGGGAUACAAUCGCCAACGCAGACGAGGAGCUGCGUGAGUAUCUCGGCGGUGCUGAUGAGGAGGACUACGUCCAGCCGCAGGGCUCCACCCCUCGUGGGUGGGAUGUAGAGCUGGUAUGGAAGCGUACACGACUUCGUUGCAUGGUUUACUCGUCCCUCGGCGAUAUGGAAGAGGAAGACGAAGACAUGUAUAUGGAGCAAGAAGAUCUCGAGGUUGGAGUCGACGAGCAAAUUUCCGACGUCAUCUCGCCAGCCGUUGCGAUUUUCCUCACAUCUGUUAUUGAAUACAUGGGCGAGCUUACUUUGACGGUAGCUGGCCAAGCGGCCUAUCACCGCGUGCGCUCUGAUAUCGAAAAGGGCCUCAAGGAUGGCAGCAGACAACCUGGCGACAUGGCUGACCAGAUCAUCGUCGGAGAGGCCGACAUCGAGCGCGUGGCUUUGGACAGAACCCUGGGCCGUCUUUGGCGUGGCUGGAAGAAGCGACUUCGAAGCCCCAUCAACGACACCAUCCCUCGCCCAUUUUCCCACAUUUCCUCGGGGCACUCUCGGCACGGCAGUCUGAAUCGCGACUUUGUGUCACCAAAGUCGCCCACUGUGGACGAGAAUGAUGAGGCCACUGGAGCGCAAGAGCCCGCAGAGGAGACAAUUGUGGAAGACGUACACCCAACCGAUAUCCCGCUACCUAUAGGAGAUCGAGACGUCGACGAAAUCGAAGUUCCUGGUCUUGCCAGCUACUCCGACGAAGAGUCUGAGGCUGACGACGAGGACUUCGUGCCCACAAGGCCCAAGAGCUUCUACGCCAAGUUCCCCGACCUUUUGGAGCUGGCGGCAGCUGGACAGGGGCUUGAUCUCGGUGGCGGUACUCUCAAACCCCGUCAAAGAUCCAACUCUAUGCCGAAUGCUACCCGGCUACGCUUCUUCUCUGGCCAGAUACCUGAAGAGGCCGUGACAACGCAAGAACCCGGCUCUGACAAGGCUGCGACUAAGGGAAGCGAUGCUGAACCCAACGAGGAGCUCGCUUCCGACCUGAGUAAUGACGAUGAGCCUUUAACGGAUCGGACCCGAGGCGCAGUACCAACAGGACUUGGCUUGACUACACCCAAGACUAGGAUCAGGAAGAAGGCCAGUAAGGCUUCUGUUGCUGAUGAUUCUGCUUGGGACUCUGACGGAUCUGAAGAGGUCGCCACAUUCGAAAAAGCCGAGGUUGUCACCUCAUCUAGAGUGUCCGUCGACAGCAGCCCAUCCUCAUCUUCGGGCGAGUCAGCGAAGAAAGGCCAUAAGCGGAGCACGUCCAGCAUGCACUCUGCUCGGAUUAUCGAUGUUCAAGCUCCAAGAAGCCCGGUAUCACUGGAUACCGCUCACCGCCGUUCUCUGAACCUUUCUAGUGCCACUGCUCUUGCUGGUGCCGCGGUUGCAGCUGGCACUGCCGGAGCUAUUCUGGCUACCAAGUCUAACUCGGACUCUGCCCCGGUCGAUAAGAACAUCUCGGCCGCAUCCGUAUCAGCUGCACGAGGUCAGUUUGACCGUGCGAAGCCCACUGUUGGAAAUGCAGCUACUAUUUCCGAGUCCGAGUCCGAGGAGUCGGAUUAUCACAGCGCCCACGGGAAAGACAGUAUGGAAGCCACUGCUCCUGCAGCUGCUCGCGAAAGCGAGGAGACUCGGGGCAAGACGAACCCCAAGUUUCCAAUGAUGCUUGAUGUUGAAAAGGCCACCAGAAACGCACUCGGCAAUCGCGAGCCUCUUUCACCUAGACUCGUCAACACCUCCUAUGACGGCAAGCCUUCGCCCAAUCCGGCACUGGUUCCGGAGACUAGAACGCCUGGCCACUCGCCUAGCCCUAGACAUCUACAUGGAUUCAGGGACAACAAGGCGCCUAACUCGCUGGAAGAACUUCGCAUCGAGGAAGAAGAAGAGUACCCAACCGCCCUGCACUCGAUCGCCCCCCCGCGAGCCAUACACACUUCUGGCUCGUCUGCCUCCUCGGUGACAGGAAAAAUGAAGGUGGUCCGGUCAUCCGAGGACAACUCUUCCACAAGCCGCUCCGAGAGUGUUGCGCGUAACUUCGAAGAGCUCAUCCAGAGCAAUCAAACCAUUACAUAUACGCUGACUCCGGAAAGCAUGCGCCACGCCGAUGCUUCCAAGCGCUCACUUGACAGCCCAGUAGUGACAAAGUUUCCGCGCAGAAGCGAAGAUUCGCGUUCGCCAAACCCGUCACAACAAUCGCCAACAGUGAGUGUUUCACCAUCUACAUUCCGUGGUCAGGGCGUCGACAACCCGACCAUCGUAGAGAAGAAGCCGUCUGGCCCUGUUCCUCGGGCCCCGACCGGCAUUGCUGUAACCACCGGCAGGAUGGGCGGACCACAGGCAAGAGAUGCACGGGUACCGAGCGAGACCACAUCCGACUUUGCGCAGUUUAUCAAGUCAACUGGCCCACCUCCCGAAAACAAACAGGCGCCUGUGCGCCAAUCAAGCGACAAGGCAGGACUUUCUGGGCCCGUACCACGAGCACCCGACUCCGCGCGCCGGGCCUCAACGAUAAGCAACAAGGGGCGCUUCCAGCCGCGUGAUGCCGCCAUCACGAGCAAAAAUGAUACCCGCGACCUCAUCGACUUCAUCCGCCAAGGCCCGCCCAUUGCAGCCAGCAACCACCGUAUUCCCCGCCAUGUUGCCCCUUUCCGGACAACCAUGGACUCGGAUCAGCUGGCUGGUGCUCCCGGUGGUAGAGCUGUGGAUGCGAGCAUCCCAGACCUUCGCUACAGCCAAGCUUCUACAAAUGUCACGGAUCACUCGGUGCAAUCCUCCAUGAACUCGAACUCGGCUCUUCUCAAGGGAAGAGUUGGCAACAGCAAGGUCGCCAACAUGUUUGGCGAGGACGACAUGCCUAUGCCGCAGCGCAAAACACGUCGUGUCCGUGAUCCUUAUGCCAUCGAUUUGAGCGAUGAGGAAGAAGAAGAGGAGGAGGUGAUGCCAGCAGCCAGAGCACCACCUGCGAAGCCCAAGAGGGAAGAGAGCCUGGCAGAAUUUUUGCGCAAUUACGACCCGCCACCGGAGCCAGCUGCCACUAUCCACAAGGUGCCCAAGAAGAAGGCUAGCGCCCCAAGCCUGAUCGGCCGCUUCACUCGUAACAACACCGCCAAGGACACGGCGUCGAUUGCGUCGGUAGAGGGCCGUUCUCUCAGCAGUCGCGCCAGCAAUCGCGGUCACAUUCCCAUCCAGAUCAGUAUGCCGGUCGGCUACGACAAGUAUGGGUCUAUUGAGCCACAGUCAGCUGGGCGUCCACGCAUCUCGUCCGUCUCUGGGCCGUCUGGCCGCGUGCCUAUGAAGAAGUUUGAGCCUCGAGAACCGGCCGCGGGAACGUACAGUAGCGAGACGUCUGACCUAGCUGCUUUCCUGCGAAGUUCUGGUCCUCCGGGCGGCAGCACGGCGCCGGCGGUGCAGCCCAUUCGCACUGAGGAGUCGAGCAGUGGUCUGGGCAGGAUGUUUGGCCGCCGCAAGAGGACGCCGGCAUAA